AUGAACGAGGACGAGCGGCUGAAAGAGAGAUAUGUGAAAUUCGACCCGAUCGAGCUUCAGCGCGUUGCUGGGAAAGCAAUGGGAGAAGACCAUUGUUUCCAUAUCAUCAAACUCGCAGAAGGUGGCUUCAACAAAGUCUUCCUAUUUAGAACAACUUCUGGUAAAGAAGUCAUAGCACGCAUUCCCGCUCCCAUUGCCGGCCCACCCCACUACACCACCGCCAGCGAGGUUGCUACGAUGUCCUUCUUGCGAGAUAUUCUAGGAGUUCCGGUCCCAAGAGUACUGGCGUAUUCGGCAGAUUCGACCAAUCCAGUUGGAUCAGAAUAUAUAAUAAUGGAGCGGCGGAAAUUGAAGCGAGGAUUUUUGCAAGACUUCUGCAUUGGUCCUAUUGCUGCGCGGCAGUUCUGGCAUGGUGAUCGAAGUAAUACCAAGAUUGAUCGCGGUCUUUGGCUCUCACCUGAAGACUGCUUUACAUCUGCUGCUCGGCGAGAGACCACUUGCAUACUGCAGUAUGCGAAGCCUCAACCUCGAAGAACCUUUCUCCUUCCUACCAGUUUCGAUAUCGACCCUUCGGAGCUUACCUCGCUUCUUUCAGAAUUCCUGCAACUUGCCACUCUUUUGGUACCAAAAGACACAUUUCAUGAUGCUCUCAUUCUACGACAUCCUGACUUGACUCUGAAUAAUAUAUUACUGAAGCCUGGCUCCGCAAAGAUUGCGAGCAUUAUAGACUGCGAGGAACAGAUGGAAGCAAAAGCUAAAUGUCGCUCCGAGGAAGCAAACCUCUACUACACAGCAGCUACUGGGUUGUAUAAUGGUAACCACUGGAGCGCCUUGAAGAUCCCGCACCUUGGCAUGCGACAAUAUCUACAUCAACAAACAGGAUACCUUUGGGAUGGAGAUGUCAUCAAUCUUCGUGCUGCUCUUGUUGGUAUCACAACUCCGCAAGUUUGGGACGCGAUUACGUCAGAACGGUGUCCGGUGGUCUUUUCUGAUCAGGAACGGCACACAGCAAUCGAGGAAGCAAAUGAGUGGAAUGAGUGCGAAGAACUCCUGGAUAUUAUCAGGAACGAUUGAGGUAUUGACCCCGAAGGUGGUACAGAACCCGCAAACUUUGAGGAGGAUGAGCGUGAUAUUUGCUGGCGGACC